UGGGACGAGCCUUUCCUCCACCCCGAAGAAACAGCUCUUCCCACAGCCCUCGCCAGCGGCCAUGGCGCGCUGGCGCCUGCGGCUGGAGGACUUCGGGCGGCGCCAGGAGGGUCCUACUGCAAUGAGCGAGGCCUGGCACCAACCGCGCUGGGCAGCCUGUGGGAAAGCCAAGGGAGGCGAUGACGCCGAGCGGCCGCUCAGCAGCAUGUCCACCCGCUGCCCCUCCACGCGCGGCGCCACGCCCGCGCCGCCCGCGACGCCCGCGCUGACGCCGCGCACCGGGACGCCGGGCGCGUCGCCGCGCACGCCCAGCCCGAUCCCACAGGGGCUCUCAAGCCCGCCACCGCCGAGCGUCCGUGCAGGUGGCGAGCUGUGGGCGGCCCCUCGUUCCGGAACGACCGGAGAGAAGCGCCGGAACAGCGGAGGCGAGCUAGGCCCUUUGCCGACGACUUACAGCAUACGACCUGAAAAUAUGGGUGCAGGCGGCUUGUUGCCCACCUAUGAGCUGUGGGUGACGCUGCACGGAGGCAACGGACGCUGGCAGCAGGUCCGCGCGCAAGAGCAAUGGGCCAAGAUGCUCUUGGAGAACGAGGACGCCCUGGUGGCGCGGAAACUCGAAGCCGAGAAGCAGCGCCUGCGCCGCGCCGAGGCGGCACGGCAGCGGCGCGCGGAGGAAGAGGAGCUGAGCCGCCGGGUGGAAGAGGCCGAGGCAGACAAGAAGCGGCGCCGGGAAGAAGAGCAGCGCUUGCAGCUGCAGCGAGAGGAAGAAGCUCGAAGAGCUCGGCUGGAAGAGGAACGAUUACUGGAGUCCAUGAAGCCACGCAAGUGUACGAAGUGCUCGGGCACCGGGCGCUGUAGCAAUUGUCAGGGCGAAGGGUCUGUGGACGUGCUCUUUCUUGCACCACAAGUGGGCAAGAGGCACACGCCCAUUCCUCAAGGGCGCCGGCCCCGUGGCUGUAGGCAAUGUGGCGGCGUGGGCGACGGUUCCUGGUGGAAAGAUGUGGUGAUGGGCAGCGGCCGUUGCGACCUGUGCCACGGAGAGCGCGUGCUCCAGCCCCCGCCAGGCGGCUUCAAGACGCCCGUGCAGCCGGAGACCGGCACCACGGACGGUCCGCGUAGGGAGUCGAAGACCGAGCAGUUCUUCCCUGCGGAACCUCUCAGCAUACCUUGAGCCGCGUGAAGGUCCGGGCGGGACGACCGGGGUUGGGGCUUGAUGAGGCAUCCGGGCUGGUCGUUCUCCCGAAACAUCGCAUCAAAAGAGGCCAUGGAUGUGAUGUGGUCAAGAUUUCUCUGGUUUGGGUCUGGAAGAUGAAGAGGACACCCAUACCAGGGCCCCCGGGCCAUGGGGUGCUUC